AAUGGAAAGCCCUUCAGCUGUAUUUGGAUCUCUGUGCUAUGUUGCUUGGUUAGCAGUUUAUACAAUAGGUGACACAUGUUCAUUGGGUUUAAUGUGAGGUAUAAAUGCAAGGGGUUAAACCGAGUACAGUGUCAGCUCACCAGUCGUAAACGACUUUGACAAUCGAAGCAUCAGUGUGAACCAACAUUGAAAUCAUGGGCAGGGUCAUCUUUUACGAGGACAAGAACUUCAUGGGCCGCUCCUAUGAGUGCAGCAGUGACUGUUCCGACAUGUCCUCCUACCUGAGCCGCUGCCACUCAUGCAGGGUGGAGAGUGGCUGCUGGAUGGUGUACGAUCGCCCCAACUUCAUGGGAAAUCAAUAUUUCAUCAGGAGGGGCGAGUACCCUGACUACAUGAGCAUGUGGGGCUGGGGCAACAACUGCAUCAGGUCCUGCCGCAUGAUCCCCAUGCACAGGGGCUCCUACAGAAUGAGGAUCUAUGAGAGGGAGAACUUCAUGGGUCAGAUGAUGGACGUGACUGACGACUGCGACUCCAUCAUGGAUCGUUACCACUGGUCCAGUGGUUGCCACUCGUGCCACGUGAUGGACGGCCACUGGCUCAUGUACGAGCAUCCCCACUACAGAGGCAAGAUGUGGUACUUCAGGCCCGGAGAGUACCGCAGCUUCAGGGACUACGGCAACAUGAACUUCAUGAGCAUGAGACGCAUCAUGGAUUCUUGGUAUUGAAAACCUCUAAAAUGAAAAGCAAACAAUAAUUUGAAUAAAUCCUCCA